AUGAACGAGGAGCCGGGAGACCCGUGCGCAAGACCUGACCUUCCGUGUCGUGGAGACAUCAAAGAAGGCCAGUAUUUGUCCCUCGCCAACUCCACGCACGAGAAGGGCUGCUCGGGUUGCGUCUGCAAAGAAGGCUUCCGGCGUUCGGCCUUCGGCGAAUGCGUCGCCGAGAGCGACUGCCGCACCUGCUGGCGAGACCCUUUCUCGGACUACUCCUACUGCGGCGGCUGUCCGCCCGUGUGCGGGGAGGUCUAUCCCGCCCCGUGCCCCAGGACCUGUUCGUCCGGUUGCUACUGCCUUGAUGGAUUUGUCAGGUCAUCGCUGGACGGCGGGUCCUGCGUACCGGUCGCCUCGUGUCCUCCCAAGUGCCUCUACGAGAACAUGGUGUUCGUGACCCACAAGUCUUGCUACCCGGAGCGUUGCGACCACGACGGGCAGGACUGCAGCCCCUACGACUGCGGGCGACCGGGUUGCGAGUGCUUGCAGGGCUACCGCCUUCUCGAUUCCUUGACUUGCGUCGACAAGUGCCCGGCUUUCUAGGGAAUCGCCGUGAUUAAAGGUCGCGCUUGUUUUAUGUGAUUAUUAAAGCCGAGCUUCA